UUUAUUUAUUUAUGGAUUAAGAUUUAUGAUCUAAGAAUUAAGAUUAUGUUGAAGGUAUGAAGCUGAAGUUCAAACUUCAACCUUACCACAGAACAAUUUGACCUUACUAAUAUUAUAUUAAUUAUUAAAAAUCAAGGUGUCGUUUAGGUUGGUUAAUUUUUAAUCUCUAUCAAUAAUAUUGUCAUGUUACGUUUAUUUUGUACUAAACCGAUCAAUUUGUCAACACUACGUUCCUUCAUUACUAGACAACCAACUAGGAGUUAUUCAUCCCUCACCAAAAAUGCAGCAAGUAAAAAACCAAUUCCAGUAUCGUCAAUCAAUCUAAAUAAAUUGAACCCAAAAUGGAUGCUUGUUGGAUCUGUAGGAUAUAUUGGAUGUAGAUAUUUACUUAACGGAAGUAACAUAGUCCAUUGUCAACAUAUAGAACUAGAAUCAAAAUCUGACAACCACUUUGAUUGGAAUAAGUUAUUGUCUUAUUUGUCACCAGAUGUAUUUAAUUUAAUAGCGGCUAUUGCUACUGCAUUUAUUGUAGCUCUGUGCAAUUUAAGUAUUCCAAUCAACUUACAACAUAUUAUAAAUACUAUACUUCAGUUUGCUAGAGAUGGAGUACCAUUUGAUUUUAAAAAACUUAGCGACCCAUUAUUCAAACUGUUAGCGCUUUACAUAAUGCAGGGUCUAUCAACAUUUAUAUGUAUAAGCAUGCUGUCAAAAGUUGGAGAAAAUGUUGCUAUACGUAUGAAAUAUAAUCUUUUUUCAUCUAUACUUCAACAGGAGCUAGAAUUUUUUGAUAAAACUCGUACAGGAGAUAUUUUGCAAAGGUUAACAACUGAUGUACAAGAUUUUAAAAGUUCAUUUAAACUUGUAAUAAUACAAGGUCUUAAAAAUGCUACCCAAUUAAUUGGCGGAGUAUAUGCGCUAUACAACACAUCACCAGAAAUGACUGGAGCUGUAGCUAUUAUUUUACCAACUAUUAUUGUUAUAGGCACAUUUCUUGGCUCUAUUUUGAGAAAACUUAGCAAACUGGCUCAAGAACAAGGUACUAAAUCAACAAUUAUAGCUGAAGAAGUGAUUGGAAAUAUGAGAACUGUUCGUGCCUUUGCAUCUGAAUCUACAGAAUGUGAAAGAUUUUUGACAGAAAUUGAAAAUAACGGAUUAUUGCAUAGGAAAUUAGGUUAUGGUAUUGGGCUCUUUCAAGCUAGUAGUAAUGUGUUCCUAAAUGGCAUUGUUUUGGGAACAAUAUUCCUCGGCGGACAACUUAUGACGACCAGCAGUCUUGAUCCUGGACAGCUUAUGUCUUUUCUCAUGGUUACCCAAAUGCUUCAACAUUCUUUAGGACAAUUUUCAUUAUUAUUUGGUCAUUAUGUAAAAGGUGUUGCUGCAGGGUCCAGAAUAUUUGAAUAUAUUAACAAGAGUCCUAAAACACUGAUUAAUGAGGGUAUUCAGAUUCCACAUCAUUCUUUUAAACCAGAAAUUGAAUUUAAAGAUAUUACAUUUUCAUAUCCAACCAGACCUGAACAAGUUAUAUUAAAAGAUUUCAAUCUUACUCUCCCUCCUGGUAAAGUGGUUGCUGUUGUUGGAUCUUCUGGCAAUGGUAAAUCUACUAUUGCUGCGCUUCUCAUGAGAUUUUAUGAUGUUAAUUCAGGAAGUAUAAUAAUAGAUGGUGUAGACAUUAAAAAGCUUGAUCAGACUUGGUUACGUAAGAGAGUAAUUGGAUUAAUUAAUCAAGAACCAAUACUGUUUGCUAUGUCUAUCUUAGAAAACAUACGUUAUGGAAAGCCUGAGGCAACAGACAUUGAGGUUAUUGAAGCUGCAAAAAUAGCCAAUGCUGAUUCUUUUAUCACUUCUUUUCCCAAUGGCUAUAAUACAAUAGUUGGAGAACGAGGUGUAACAGUUUCGGGAGGACAAAAACAAAGAAUUGCCAUUGCAAGAGCUAUUUUGAAAAACCCAGCAAUACUUAUAUUAGAUGAAGCCACAAGUGCACUUGAUACAGAGUCUGAAAUGCAUGUGCAAUCAGCAUUAGAGUCUGUAUCAAAUGGAAAAACAGUUUUAGUAAUUGCUCAUCGAUUGAGCACUGUAAAGAAUGCAGAUGUAAUUGUAGUUUUGAAUAAAGGUGAAAUUGUUGAAGUUGGGGAUCAUAAUACCUUAUUGAAAAAGAAAGGUUUUUAUUGGAAUCUGAUGAAUCAGCAGACAUCUGACAAAGCAAAUGCUGCAUAAAUUAUUUUACACAUCAAAGUGAAACUAUUGAAAAGAAACUUUGUUUAGGUAAUAUUGUUAGUUAAUAAUGGUUGUUCUAAAUAUUUUACUAAAUUUAAAUAACCUAACCUAAAUUUGUUAUAGUGUUAUACAACUUGAAGUAUAUAGAAUCUCAAAUUAUAAUUAUAGCAUAGUAAAUAGUUUAAGAAUAACUGUUAGCAGAGGCUGUUUGACUGUACAAUUUUUGGUGCCGGAAUAUUAGGACGGUGGGUGGUAUAUUGGACAUUUGCAGACAGCAAUGUAUAAUUUUAAUUUAUAAUAAAGUAAUCAAUGAUAAUUGUAGUUAAAAAUCAUUAAAUUAUCAGUUAAUAGUUACUUUUAUAACACUUAACUACUCAAAAGAUUUGGUGGAUACAUCGAUAAUUAUAAUACUUUCAAACCUUCUCUGUUUAUUAUUUCCUAUAAAUCGUUGUUUUUAAUUUUAACCACUGCUCUACAUUUUAAAGAAACAAACAAAAGUUAUAAUUUAUGUAAAAUUUCAAUUAUUUUAAAAACAGUUGAUAAUCUAUUUACUGUGCAUCACUCUACCAUUCUAUGAACUUGUGGCCGGCCAUAGAGAUGUAUUGACAUUUGAAGACGGUUUUUAUAGUAAAUUAAGAAAAAGUAACACAUUAUUUAUAUUUUUAUAUUUUUAUCUCGAUAAUCUUUAUAAUAAUCUAAAUUAAAAUAUUAAAUAUAUUUUUCUCCACUUUUUUGAUAAUUCAAGUAUUCCAGUACUUAUUCUGAGUUCUGGGGUAAUUUCAAUAUGCCAAUAAUAACUUAAAAGCACUAAUCCAUUUAAACGAUCCUAUUUAGAGAAGAGUUUACUUAAAAAAAAUUAAAUAAUUAUAAUAUACUUCUUUCGUGCUAUUUCUGAGAUAGAUCUUUACUCUUUUUAAACUUGAAAAAGUUCUUUCCGGCAUGGCAUUGUGCACAACAUUUUUAAGAAAAUAAAUAUAUUUGGAAAAAUUAUAGGGUCACAAUGCUUAAUAACAUCUAAUGCAUUUGAUUUCAACACUUCAUCAGUACCAACUGCUACACACUUGCCCUUUUGUUUCCAAAUUUGUAGCUCGCAGAUUAUCAUAGUAAUAUCAAUUUUUUGUAGAUAAAAACAAACCAGUCUCAAAAUCUGUAUCAUCUGAAUUUGUGUCAUCAGUUACAUCAGUUGUCAAAAAAAUAGUUUGAUUAAAUUAUUACAUUUCUAACUAAAAAAUUUUUGAAAAUAGUUGACAACUAUAUUUUGUUCCGUGUGCUCUGGUGUCAUUUGUACAACGGUCAGUUAAAAUGUUUUUAUAUGUGCUAAUUUAUAUUAUUUACGCCACUGCAACAAAAAAUAUCGAACAUCUACAAAAAAUAAUCGAUAUAUUCUCUAACAUUCUUUAUUAUACAAAAUAUUCUUUUAUCUUGAAAUAUUCCCAAAUGUGCAAAAACAAACUUUUGCCAUAACUCACCUGUUUCAUGAUUUGUAAAGAUUUCAAACCCUCAUUUGACUGCAUAGACUCAAAAAAAAUAUGCAAAAGAAUAUAAUUCCCCUACAUAUCACACACUCUAUUAUUGUUAUAUUACCUAAAUUUAUUACACGACUGUUAAUGAGCUGCAAUUUCUUAUUUUAGGUAGGAAAUAUUGUUAAUUAUAAAACCAAUGAUCUAAUUGAAAAGGUAAAAAGUUAAUAUUAAUAAAUAAUAUUUAAAAAACUAUGUUAAUAAUAUUUUUUAUUGUUUAUUUACUUAUUAGUUAUUAGGUACUUAAAAUUAUAUUAAACUGAUUUUGUUUUAUACAUUUGUAUUUAUUGUUAAAUAACUAUGCUGUACUAUUUGGGUACUAUGGUUGAUAAAUGCAUAAAAAAAUUCAUUCAACAAUUUCAUGUCAUACCUACUUUAUAGACGAAUCAAUAUAUUAAUAUAAUAUUGUUAAUUUAAUAUAUAAAUUAUAUAUUUUUGUUAAUAAACCUUACAACUUA